AUGAAUUCUAGGUGCUUUCUUCAUCCACAGCAAGACUUUAGCAUGGUUCCAUUUUCUUCAAAUUCUGUCACAGAAGAUAGAGUUUCCAGUGCUCGAAACCGGCCUCCACGUGUCACCCCUCCUUCCUUCUUGGUUCGGGUGGCCAUGAGAAUAUCUAGAGCAAGAUGGUUUACCUUUUUGAGAAGAGUUUUUCAUUACCAAAAUGGAUCAAGGUCCAAUCUUGGCUCCAACCCUUUCAAUUCUAGCACUUGGAUGAUGCUGGAGUUUAUUGCUUUGGUUGUUCAAAUAACCAUUACAACAUUCACUUUGGCUAUUUCCAAGAGGGAGAGACCUAUUUGGCCUAUGAGGAUUUGGAUUUCUGGUUAUGAUAUUGGUGUUGUUCUUAAUCUGCUGCUACUUUAUGGUCGCUAUCGUCAAAUUUAUCUCACUCAAGGAGAUGCUCUCGGUGUUUCUGAUAUAGAACAGCAGAGAAACCAUGAAGAAACCAGUGUGUGCAGGAUGUCACACUUGAUGAACAAGUGUAGGACUUCACUUGAGCUUUUCUUUGCCAUAUGGUUUGUGAUGGGAAAUGUUUGGGUUUUUGACUCACGUUUUGGAUCCUUUGAACAAGCUCCAAAACUGCAUGUGCUCUGCAUCACUCUUCUUGCUUGGAAUGCAGUGUGCUACUCUUUCCCUUUUCUACUGUUUCUGCUGCUAUGCUGUUUUGUGCCACUCAUUAGCACCCUCCUUGGCUACAACAUGAACAUAGCCUCUUUUGACAAAGGAGCUUCUGAAGAUCAAAUUUCACAACUUCCAAGUUGGAGACAUAAAGAAGGUCGUGCAAAGUCAGAGCUUGGAAAUGACUCUGAUGGGAGUGAAAAACUGAUUGAUGAAGACCAAGAAUGUUGUAUCUGCUUAACCAAGUAUAAAGACAAAGAGGAAGUUAGACAAUUGCCUUGUUCCCAUGUGUUUCAUCUAAAAUGUGUGGAUCAAUGGCUAAAAAUUACAUCAUGUUGUCCUCUUUGCAAGCAAGGAUUGGAGAUGUAGAAAUAGCUUAAACAACAGACAAAAGGAUUAAUCUUAUUUGUUCACAUGUAUACUUCCUGAUAUUACCCUCUCUUUUUCCUUUUUCUUUUCUCCUUAGUUUUUGGUCUUUUAUACUACUUUACAUUGGUCACUUGAGUGAGGUUAUAUUUGUACAGAAUAGCUCACCAGUGGCCAAAACUAUACUAUAAAUACUUGGUUGUAGGUGAUGAAUCCCAUAGUCUUUCAAAUUAA